CGGAAAUUAUAAACAUAGCUUGACGUUGGUACUUAUUUGAUUUUUGGAAAUUGUACAGUCUUUCUUUUAAUAUUAAAUGGCUAAAUGUUCAAGCUAAACACUGAAGUCUCGGUGACAGUUAAAUGAGAUGCUGGCGAUUUCCUCUGUUUCAUCAAGAAAUCCAGACGAACAAAAUUACAAACUGGAUAAAUCCAAUUCUUUGAGAAAUUAUACACAAAAUAAGCAACCUGCUACUAGUUCUACUCCUGAACCCGAAAACACAACUCAAGUACCCCAGCCCCAGUUUUCAAUAUCAACACAGGCCUUUAAUAUGUUCCUUGUCAGAUCUAUUGAAAAAAUAGCUAAUGAACGGGAAACCCGUAAAUCUCACAAUUCAGCUGUCAAAAAGGCAUGUGAAGAAGCUCUUGUACUACUAAAAGAUCAACCACAGGUGUUAGGGAACAACAAGUUGUCUCCACCUAAUGAGUCUAGUACUCAUUUGCCUCCUCUCAAGUCUGACUGUGGUAUAUUGUUAAGUGAUGAGCGACUUCUUCGCCCUUUCCAGUUGGCUUGCACAAUGAAAUCACCAAAAAUUGUCAGCACGGCAAUUGACUCAUUACAAAAGUUAAUUGCUUAUGGACAUAUUUCAAACACAGCUGUUUGCUCCUCUGGAAAAGUUCGCAUAAUUGAACAGGUUGUAACGACAAUUUGUUCAUGUUUUCAAGGUGUACAAACAGAUGAUGGGAUUCAGUUGCAAAUUUUAAAAGCACUUUUAACAGUAAUAACGAGUUCAGUCGUAGAAAUUCAUGAGGCUGAUAUCCUUCUGGUUGUAAGAACUUGCUAUAAUAUUUUUAUGGCAACGAAAAAUCCAAUUAAUCAAGCAACAGCACGUGCAACUCUCACCCAGAUAAUUAGUGUAUUAUUUCAGCGGAUGGAACAAAAUGCAUUUGAAGCUGCAGUUGCAAUGAGUUCAAAUGUUUGCAUCCAAUCUGAUUUGAAUUCUACUGAUAAUCUCAAAAAUAGUGAAGAGUUAUCUACAAGCAGUUUGCCACAAAUAUCUGAAAAUAAUGAGGAAGGUCAAAAUGGCGAGAAAUUAUUGAACGGUGAUGCCUACGCGGACAAUUGCGUUUCUCUUCCUUCUGCUGGUGACGAUGAUGAUGCUGAUAUACCUAUGAAAAGAAAAGACAAUACUUCCAAAUCAGAAGUGUGUAAAAUUGUCGCGGAUAUUCUAGAAGAAAUAAUAGAAAAAGUUACGUUAGAUAAUGAUGAGGGUGAUGAUAAGGAUUCUUCGACAACAUCAGUUCAUUUACCGAAUUCCGAAUCCCUACCUGAUAUACGGAAGUCCUCUGUACAUUCUCUGUCUCGUUCUUCUUCUUCGUCUCUUUCAGUAUCUGUCAAUACAAGCAUAAAUCAAGAAUGGCCAACUGGUGUUACUCCAGUGGGCGCUGACGUUAUUGCAACCGAGGUGGAUUCAAAAGAUCAUAAUGGUAUAUCGUUAAUGGAAAGUAACUCUGAGGUUGUCAAUUCAGCGCAUAUCACACAAAAGGAUGCAUUUCUUGUUUUUCGUAGUUUGUGUCGUCUAGCAGUGAAAGAUUUUACUGGCUCUGACUCAAGUGAUACGAAAUCGCACGCGGUUCGUUCGAAAUCCUUGUCACUACAGUUACUACUUAGUUUGCUACAACAACCUGGCCCAUUGUUUUCAACUAGUGAAAUAUUUAUAGCUGCUAUUAAACAAUACUUGUGUGUAGCUUUGUUUAAAAAUGGCACGUCACCAAUUGUAGAAGUAUUUGAGUUGUCUGUUGCUAUUUUUCUUGCCCUGCUGACGUACUUUAAGCCACACUUAAAACGUCAAAUUGAAGUGUUCUUCAAAGAUGUGCUCCUACUAAUCCUAGAAUCACCAAAAUCAUCAUAUGGACACAAGCUGGUUGUUAUAGAUGCACUAAAGCGUAUAUGUGGUGAUGCACAAUGCUUAGUUGAUAUUUACCUUAAUUAUGAUUGUGAUCUAAGCAUGGUCAAUAUAUUUGAAAGAUUGACGACUAAUCUUGCUAAAAUAGCUCAAGGACGUCAUGUUACGACAGAACAUGGUAAUCAUAAUACGUCAUCAUCUAGUCAAUUGCAGCAACAGCAACAAGUUUUACGGUCGAGUGGUUUAGAGUGUCUCGUACUAAUUUUACGCUGCAUGACUGAAUGGUCGCAGGAGUUGUACGUCAAUCCAGAAUCUCAGUCGUUUUUGGGUUCGGAACCAACAGUGUUACCGAAUAGUGGAAACAGUAUUAAUUCAGUAGAAAAUCCCAGCUUGGACGCCAAUCCUAACAUGCAUCUAUUGAGUGUAAAUAAACCAUGUGAUGAUCCGGAGGCAUUUGAAUCUCGUAAGGCGAAAAAAGAAAUCUAUGAAUCAGGAAUAGCAUUAUUUAAUCAAAAUCAGUCAUUGCGUUGUAUAAGACUGCUUCAAGAGAAUGGAUUGAUUGGAGAGUCCAUUGAGUCAGUAGCACAAUUUCUUUUAACUGAAGAACGUUUAUCAAAAUCACGUGUAGGUGAUUUUCUUGGUGAAAAUGAACCGUACAACUUGCGUGUUAUGUAUGCUUAUGUAGAUCAAUUUGAUUUCACUGACAAAAGUUUUGUUCCAGCUCUGAGAGAAUUCUUGUCAGAAUUCCGUUUACCUGGUGAAGCACAAAAAAUUGAUCGACUUAUGGAGAAAUUUGCGGCGCGUUAUUAUGCGUGCAAUCCAACUAAUGAUUUGUUUGUCUCAGCAGAUACUGCUUACGUUUUGGCUUUCUCAAUUAUCAUGCUCACAACUGAUUUACAUAGUUCCCAAAUUAAAGCACACCAUCGUAUGAGUAAAGAUGAUUAUAUACGUAUAAAUCGUGGCAUUAAUGAUAGUCAAGACUUACCUGAAUCUUAUUUGGCCCAAAUUUAUGAUGAAAUUGCAAAUGCUGGAUUAAAAUUAAGGGCAGAGGACAAUGUGAUUAAACUAAGUCAAGGUUUUGCAUCUAAUGAACUUAGUUCUAAACUAGAUGGUCGACGGCAAGCAGGAGAUAGUGAAGUUCUAGGUGAUCCUGCCAUAUCCAGCCCAUCUGAGUUUACUUGUGCAACUCACUGUGAACAUGUUCGACCAAUGUUUAAAUUGGCGUGGACUCCUUUUCUGGCUGCUUUUAGUGUUGGAUUGCAGGACUGCGACGCUUUGGACGUUAAUCAUUUAUGUUUAGAAGGGAUUCGCUAUGCUAUACGUAUAGCAUGUAUAUUUCAUAUGGAGUUAGAAAGAGAUGCUUAUGUACAAGCAUUGGCACGUUUUACACUAUUACUAACAACUUCUCAUGUCAAUCCUUCUUCCGGUGGUAACUUAUCAGGCCCUGGUGGAAUGAAUCAUCCAAAUGCGAAUUCUCGACGUCCUCGGUCGGAAAGAACUAGUAUGACUUCUUCAUCUAUAAUGAAUGCUGGUUAUUCGAAUACAUCAGGCUCGAAUUCGGUCAAUCCAACUUUAUCUACUCCAGAAGCUAUGAAACAAAAGAAUAUCGAUACAAUACGUACUUUAAUUACUGUCGCUCAGACGGAUGGUAAUUAUUUGGGACAUGCCUGGUUAGAGAUAUUACGAUGUAUAUCACAAUUGGAAUCAGCACAUUUAAUUACACAUGCUGUUUCAUCUGCGAAUGGAAUAAAUGCAAAUAGUUCACAAUUAGUAUAUCGUUCAACACCGAAUAACUCAUACACCAAUUCUUACAGUCAAAAUACGAAUGGAACGAUUGGUGGUGGUAGUUCACUGAUGUCAGAAGGCGGUUCUACGAAGGCGAACAACAUAGCAUCAUCGACUGCAUCAAUUACUUCAAACCACAUUAUGACAUCAAAUAUAAAUGAGCCUGUAGCACCUGGGAGUUUAGCUGCAGCUGUUGUAGAUUCUAAAAAGGCUGCUGUUCUACAGGAAGUGAUGGGUGAAACUGGGUCACAAAGUGUUGUUGUAGCGGUAGACAAAAUAUUCACUGGAUCCAUCCGUCUGGAUGGUGAUGCAAUUGUGGAAUUUGUAAAAGCUUUAUGUCAGGUCAGUCAAGAAGAAUUAAAUCUUCCUCAACCAAGAACAUUUUCUCUGCAGAAAGUUGUCGAAAUUUCUUAUUACAAUAUGGGUCGUAUUCGAUUACAGUGGUCACGUAUAUGGGAACAUAUCGGUAGUCAUUUCACUACAGCUGGUCGAUCAGUCGACGAGGAUGUUGCUGAAUUUGUAAUUGAUUCCUUACGACAGUUAUCUGUAAAAUUAAUCGAAAAAGGUGAAUUGCCAAAUUUCCAUUUUCAGAAAGAAUUCCUACGUCCUUUUGUGAAUAUUCUGGAAGGCGAACCAAAUGUCAGUCAUAAAGUUCAAGAUAUGGUUGUUCGUUGUGUUUAUCAGCUAGUGCAUUCACAAUAUGCGAAUAUACGAUCUGGAUGGACUAAUAUAUUUGCUGUCUUUCAUUCAGUAGCUUCAUCUUUAGAUGAAGGAAUUGUUGAUAUGGCAUUUGAAACUUGUCAUUUUACUGUAAAAGACGUUUUUAAAGAACACUUACAUAUUGUUGUGGAUGCUUUCCAGCCUUUAGUAAAGGCACUUGCUGAAUUCUCGUGCAAUCCACGUUUUCCCGAUACAGCUAUGGAAAGUAUUCGCUUGAUUCGUAUUUGCGCACGAACGGUAGCAGAACAAGGAUCAGUGUUUACUGGUUUACAAAACUCAGAAAUAGUUGCAAGUAACCCAGCUGAGUCUCCUAGUUGUGAAUCAAACCAUGUCAUUCAUGCCUAUUCGUUGCCAGAAGAUGAUCAAAUUUGGUUACGUGGUUGGAUGCCUGUACUAUGCGAGUUGUUUCGUGUAAUAAAUGGUUGUAAACUGGAUGUACGUACACGUGGUCUUACUGUAUUUUUCGAUAUAUUAAAGUCACAUGGGAAUCAGUUUAAACCGUUAUGGUGGCGUGAAACAUUUUCUGUUAUCUUUCGAGUUUUUCAGCAUUUCCGUAUCCCUUCAGUAUCAUCAGAAUUUAACAAUGCUACAGUUAACGCGGAAUCAGAUAAUACUGCUAAUCACCUACCUGCGUUGUCAUUAGCCUCUGCAUCUGAUAGUCAAUCGACUAUUAACGGCAUGCAUCAUCAGACUCUGUCAAAUAUGGAACGUACUGAAUGGAUGAAUACAACUUGCAAUCAUACAUUAUUUUCUGUUGUGGAUAUAUUCACUCAGUACUAUGACGUGUUGCAUGAUAUAUUGUUAGAUGAUAUAUACCAGCAAUUACGUUGGUGUUGCUUACAAGAACAUGAACAAUUGGCUCGCUCUGGGACUAGCUGUUUGGAAACGCUGAUUCUAUCUAACGGUAAAAGAUUCAGCGAUAAAAUUUGGGAGUCAACAGUAAAUCUAAUUGUGGAUCUUUUCAAAUCUACUGUACCGCAUCAGUUAUUAACAUGGCGCCCGGAACAAAUGCCACUUGAAAUUAAUGAUCAAAGUAUAACCUCAUACAUGAAUGGAAAUCAACAACGUCUGCCUGGACAUAUUGCUAGAGCACACUUAUUUGCCGACUUAUUAAAUAAAUGUGUAGUACAAUAUGAAUUAAUACAAACAGUGGAUCAUAUUUUAUUUUAUUCAGCGCAUAGUAGAAAUGAAGAUAUUCAUUACUUGCAUGAGGCACGUCGAUUAGCCGCUGCAUCUUAUCCAGCAUUUGAAGCUGCUUUACAAGUAGCUACAUCGACAACAAAUCAACCAUCAUUGUUUUCAACAUCAUCAUUUCUUACCAAAGAUAACAAUACAACUGGCAGUAAAAUAUCAGUUGAUAUUAUAAAUCAUGACUCUGGUUCAAAUAAGAGCUUGAAUAAAGACGAUAUGAAUAUUACAAGCUCCUCGGAAAAUCCUCUCAACAUAGCGGAAAAUGAAGUCACCGAUCAAUGCAGUUAUGAAGCAGAACAGAGUAAUACAACUCCGCUAGUUGGAGCUAGUCCAUUACCAUUUGAUUCUCGUGGUAUGUAUCCACAUCUCUCCCCACAACAGCGUCUCAUCUUGGCAAAAUGUUUACUGGAAUCCCAUGCAUUCGCUAAACAAUUCAAUUCACAUGACGAACAGAGAAAUAUUCUAUUUCAGGCUGGUUAGUUUUUCUUCCAUGGUUUUUGUUUUUCUAAAUAUUAUUAUAUUUUGCCGAUAAUGUUUAAGAGGAAUAUUCAAAGUUAUUUCAUUUUGCUAAAUGAUCGAACAGUUACAGAUAUUUUCUCUGUUAACAGGAUCAUUUGUACUAAAAUAGCCAGAAAUAGUUAAUUUAGGUGAAAUGACCAUACUUUUGAUGUACAAAUCUGCACUUUGGGAACACAGUCAUGUGUAAGUCCACUUUCGUAAUUAGAAGUGGGAGUGUAAAUGUGGUUAAGCUGGUCCCGGUGCAGCAGGCUACAAAAGUUCAAUACAACAAUACUAUUAUAGAAAAUCAUGCUUUUAUAUAUAUAUAUAUCAAUUGUAGAAUGUAAAGUGUAGAACUUUAACGCUUCAAAAGAGUGGCUCAUAAGUCUUGUCAGUCAGUUCUCAUUCUCAGUUGAUCAUUCUCCGGGAUCUUGUCUUAUAUUUGGGAGUUCAGUCACACAAGUAGUUUUUAUAAACCAUUAUGCAGUAGAUGAAUUUAUUUGUCUAAUUCUCAAGCAACUGCUUAUUUUUGCACUUAGUGUAUUGCUUGUGAAAUAGGGAAUCCCAGCAUGGGUCAAUUGCUAAUUAAGGGAAGUGAAUAAAACUGAAAAUUCAUUGAAACAUGUACUCAUUCUUUUCACAAACAAAUUGAUCAAAUAAUGGAAAUGCAUUCACACGUAAGUCCAUAAAUGAAGCAGGAACAAUUGGCUACAUAAAUGGGCAGGAAUACAAGAGUGAAUUUUGACUAAUAGGGUUAAAUAACUCGUAGAAUAUGAGAAGCAGGUGGCAUUCAACCAGUAAGUGAUAAGUGUGGAAAAAGGGGAAAAUAUUCAGAUGAGCUCAUAUUAUCCUGGUACAAUUGUUGUUCUUGCUUUGUUCAGGAUAAUAGUUUUUAAUUAUGCAAACAAAUAAGGAAAUAAGUAUUCAUCAGUUUAUAAUUUUAUGGGCAACUCUAAAGAAUAGGAGCCCAAACCGAAACGACCCACGAACGCACAAACGACCUUGAGAAACCAAUCAGCUGACUGUGUUGUUUCUAGAAGUAAUUAUGGAUGCUCUACACCUUUUGCGUUGCAAAUUCGCUCCGGAUCUUGUUUUUAAUUACCGUUUGGAUAAUGGACUGAUUGCAAGGUCGAAAAUUUGUCAGUGCGGAGGUGAUAUGCGUAUACAAAAAUACACAAAGUUCAUUGAUGGGUUUGUAUACAGGUGUAAUGAGUGCCGGAGGAGAAAAUCAGUUCGAGAGGGUAUGUCGUUCUUUUUUAGUUAACAGAUUCCUUAGGCACUUUAUUCUCUAAGUCUAAAUUACCCUUAACAAAAAUUUUAAUGAUCUGUAAUUUCUGGAUACUGAAUAGACCAGUUACAGCAACGGCUUAUGAAACGGAAAAUUCAGAAGUGUCUGCAGUGCAGUGGUAGCAAUACUGCAGAGACGUAUCGUCCUGGAAAAUGAACAGCCUAACUCAAGUUAUUGGAGGAGUUGGCGUAAUCGUUCAAAUUGAUGAGACCGUAUUAAUAAAAAGGAAAUAUAAUCGCGGCAGAUUACGAGCAAACCAACAAUGGAUAUUGGGUAUCUGUGACACCACCCUCCGAAAAGGAUAUAUCCAGGCGAUUCCUAAUCGCAGUGCAGGUGUAUUAUUGCCUAUUAUCCAGCGCUUAGUGCUGCCUGGGACCAAUAUUCACACAGAAAAGUGGAGCAGUUACGGUCAAUUGUCGAAUCUCGGUUAUAUUCAUCAUGUAGUCAACCACACAAAGGGUUUUCGCAAUCCUUUGGAUGAAACUCAUACUAAUUCAAUCGGAAGUUUCUGGAGUCAUCUGAAAAAACGGAUUAGAUUAGUGAAUGGAUCUAAAAAUCAAAUGAUAUACAGUUAUCUUGAUGAGUUUAUGUAUAUAACUUGGUUCAACAUCAGUAUGAAGACACCUAUGAGAAAUUGGGAGCUUUUUUUGCAACAAGUUGGAGAACGUUAUCCAUUGUAACUAUUUUUUAACAUUGCAUUACUUUUAUAUAAACGAUUUUUUACAAUUAUGCGCCGUUUUUUUGAAUCUUCUGAUUGGUCGAAAUUGUCCUUGACAAGGUCAUUUGUGCGUUCGUAGGUCGUUU